AUGAACAAGACCGUGAAUGAUUUUUGCGGGUAUUAUAACGCAAUUUACAACAAUCCUCCUAGUGGGAGUAACGACGAAGACAUUCUUAACCUUGCGAUGGCUAAAUGGGAUUCAAAAAAUCCGGCGCCUUUCCCGCACCUCCGAGCAUGGAACAUUUUAAAGAAAGAACCAAAAUGGGCGUCGGUCCCAAAUGAGGUCGCAACCGCCAAACGAACUAAAACUUCCGAGUCCGGAAGUUGUAGUGCGGGAGGCUCCACCGCUCAUUGUCAAAUCGACAUAAACGACGACCCGAUAUAUGACGAGGAUGUGUUGCCCGUUCACGAGAACGAACGUCCCACCGGAAGGGACAAAGCAAAAAAUGAGGCGGCCGGAAAGCGCAAAGGGGUCGGCUCGAGUGGAGGGGGCGGCUCGAAGGCGUCUUCGAAAAUGGACGAGUUGAUCAAUGAAUUCCGUUCGUUCAAAGAUUUCGCGGCCGAAAAAUAUAGUCACAAGAAAACCGUGUCGGCCGACUAUGCUCGUGCGGAGGAUUUUAGGAUUAUAAGGUUGGAUCUCGACUCGGUUCCGGAGGAUGAACGCGAGGUUUAUCGGAGGAUGAAAGAGGAGGUGAAGAAAAAAUUGACGUCGUAG